AUGCGUCACUUCAUGAACCAGCUAGGGCGGUAUUUCCAAAACUGGGACGGCUAUCAGAACCUCGUAUCCCAGGGGUUACGUCCCAACGCGGCUUCUGCCAGGACCUCUUUCAUUCCCGUUUAUCCGCGCCCGCCAUACUCUGGAAGACAGCACGGUGCUCACGGAAUGGCUCAACAUGCUAUGCAGUGGAGGCGGGGCUUCGAUAGAGGUGAAGCGAUACAUCCUGACUCAGAAAGCGCAAGCCUGGAGUAUACGCGGGAUGUCCUCGCCCUCCUCCUUCAAGAUCUAGAGGGUAUGGUACGGGACAUGGGAUCCAUGACUGGGCAGGGAAACUGGAUUCUCCGAUCUAUGCUGGUGCAACUGCAGAUCAAACAGAAUAGGUCAUUGCCGAAGGAGAGGAGACGGCUCGGAGGUCGAUGA